AUGCCAAUAACCGUUAAAGUCGUCGAUCAUCCGGCCACUGCCUGGACAACCGCCAGCGUCACAUCCCCUGAAGAUCUUCUAAAACGGAUUUCCCCACGAGACUUUCGACACUGCCAACGAAUUAUCCAGACCUCAUUUGACACCAAUGCCCUUCAAAAUCAGCAUAUAUCACCUUCUGAGAAUGGCUUCGUUUGGUCAGCCUAUCACGCCUACAGCCAGCACCACCACCUUACGAUUCGUCCCGAAGACGUUUGGUUCGCCAUCCUGACACAGAUAAGCUUCUAUAUCAAUGCGAAUGCGGAAGAUUUGCGCUCGUUCUUUGUUGAUCACAAGGGUCAGAGAAAGCUUGAGGUCGUGGGUUUGGGCGAUAUGGAAAGUGCCAACUUUGGCGGUCUCGCUAAACAGAUGGCGGGUCUUAUCAGCAAGUCCGUCAAAGAUCCAGAGUUAGGGUCUUGGGUCAUGCCCAGUUUCUCUACCACAUCCGACACAGAUCAAGUGGUUGCUUCAGUGCUUUUCAUGGGGGCCAUGCAGAAGUACUUCUCUUACACAAUGUCUCUGACUUGUGGGAUCCCUUCCGUAACGCUACUAGGUGAUAUCUCAGACUGGCGGGAUAUUCUUGGUAGAUUGGAUAAGUUGGAACAACUCGGUCAUGAGCCCACUCAGUUCUCCAACAUGCUGCGACCGGUUUUAAAGCACAUGAUUCUUUCCUUUGAACAACCUGAUGACCCCAAUGUUAUCCGCUUCUGGAACACCAUUGCAACAAGAAACCCAGUCAGUAGCGGUACUGACUACAUUACAGGAUGGAUCACUGCAUUUUGCUUCUGGGACGACAAGGGAAAGCCCAAACGUCGCCGUGCAGCUGACUUGCUCGGCGGGGUCUCGUACCCUCGUGUGAAAAUUGACAGUGUCCCCGUCGGAUUUGCGUCAGUGCCAGUCAAGGUCAACGACAACGGCAAACUGGUUAAGAGUGUUAUGCUAGCUGGAUCUUUUGGCAUUCGAGGCCAAUCCUUUUCUGAGCACCGACAGGCUCCAAUUUCAAAUGAUGGUCUGGGUUUGGCCGAAAGCCGCGGUCUAGAGACAUUGGAAUCUGAUCUGCUCGGGAUUCAACCUCUAUCCGGCUGGUUAAUGUACGAAGACGAGGCCGAAGGCGAUGCAAACUCUAGAGCGGAGAAGCGGAUGGCUCUGAAAAGUGAGUUAGAUCAAAUUAACAAGUCGCCUGACUCGGAUGAUUGGAAUGUAAUGAGCGAAAGGCUGCAUAAAGUCAUAUCCCUACAAGGCCAGAUUGAGAAGCUAGAGGCCUACUAA